AUGUUUGUCACGCUUACUCUUCUAUCACCCCGUCAUAAAUGUAAUUUACAGUCCAGAGGACAUGUCCUGACUCUAAGCAUACAUGAAAGUGUGGACAUUCACAUUUCUCUCCAAAACAAACCUGUCCUGACCAGUGAUAACAAUGAUCCAGCAAAAUUGAAACUUAAGCUGGAAAAGAUUGACGUCAAGAUACAAGCUUUGGUAACAAAGAGGGAAGACAUUUUGAAACAGAUCAAUGAAGCUGAAAAAUCCACCGCCAACCCGAGUGGAGACGCCUGCCCACCUGCCUCUGCUUAA